AUGCUUCUCAUGUUGCCCCUCGUCGGCGAUUUCGCUCCUCCUCACCGCAAGGCCAGUUCCAUCUCCAUCGUUGUCUCUGGUUUGAUGCUCGGGAUGCUCGUCGCCCGCCUCCUGUCUGGUAUCGUCUCUAACUACACGGAUUGGCGCAAUGUUUAUUGGUUCUCUUUCGGGGCUCAGCACCUACUCCUGGUUGCCCUUUACUUCUUCAUGCCCGACUAUCCGUCCACAAAUCCUAACGGGCUUCGCUACACCCGCGUUUUGUGGUCCAUCGUUCACAUGCUCUUCACCCAGCCACUGCUCGUCCAGGCCUGCCUCAUCGCCCUCUUCAUGAUCACUGAUCGCUACGUCCCUUGGCUUUCUUCUCUCCUCGGCCUAAUCAUUGCCUUCUGCGGCAUCACGAUUAGUACCUUUACAGGUAAUUCCACCAUUGCGGGGCCCGUUAUACAGGCAGUUGCCGUCGACGUGGGCAUCCAGAUGGCCCAGACCGCCAAUCGCACAGCCAUUUACACCAUCGACCCCAAGGCUCGAAACAGGCUUAACACCGCGUACAUGGUCAUGGCCUUCUGCGGCCAACUUUCCGUCCCCUUUGGCGGCAUCACAUUUCAAGAUGCUGAAAUUUCGUAA